AUGAUUCAUAACAAGUGGCUCGAUGUUUUACCCACCGUACUACUGGGACUGCGAGCGGCUACUAGAAGCGACACAGGCGUCAGCGCAGCACAAUUAAUGUACGGCUGUAGCAUAAGGUUGCCAGGAGACUUUUUCGACGUAUCUAAUACUGCCACCGACCAAGCGAUGGACUACGGCUAUGUUGACAACCUACGACGAACGAUCAGCCAGUACAAAGCAGCGGAGUAUUCACGUAAAAAUACAAACGUUUUUGUGCACAAAGACCUACGAACGUGCCAAAACGUAUUCCUACGCAUCGAUACGGGACACAAAGCGCUUAAACCGCCAUACGAGGGCCCUUAUCCUGUUUUAAGCCGAGACGGCAAAGUAUUUAAACUACAGCUGCCCGGCCGACAAGUAAAUGUGUCCAUAGAUCGCCUGAAACCUGCCUUCGUAAUUAACGACGACUUAUCAGAAGGAGCUGAUCCAGAACCGAAGACUAGUCGCUCAAGAAGGAUAAGGAAACCCGUGGUACGCUUCGCUUGA